ACCAUUCACUUAUGAGAAUGAAGUGCUUUUUAAUAGUUACUUCCCUGUGGAUUGUAACCAUUAACGUUAACGUUAACGCCUUGGUUCACUAUGAGAAACUCGAAGCAGGCACAAAUGGUUGCAAGGGAAAAAGCGGUGAUAUUGAAGUGGGCGGCACUCAAAAGGAUCCCAAUGUUUGCGGUGUUUAUGUAUGCCAAAACACAGAGGGUGAUGCUUUGAUCCACUAUUGCCAGCAACCGGCGGCUUAUCAAGAUUGCGAGGAAUCCGGAGUCUCCACCGUAAUGGAGUUUCCCAUGUGCUGUUGGCAUUGCGUAACUUAUGUUGACUGUAGGCGACGACGCCGUAAGAAACGUCAGGAUCCUUUGAGUGAAUCUAGCUACCUUCGAGAUAGGAUAGAUCCUGAUGAAGUUGCUCAAUACAACGCCAUGAAGGAAAUGCUCUGUGAAAGGUGAAAGCAAAGAAAGAUGUCUCUCUCUCUCUCUCUCUCUCUUUCGCUCUAUGAACUCAAUAACUUUUGAAAUAAAU